AUGCUGUAUCAAGAGUGCUUCAAUACAUCGCCUGCAAUUUCGAGUUUUAUUGACAGAGUCAAAGACACGAAUUCAUCUCGACUAAGGCGAAAACCAAGCGGAACAGUGACUCCUUCAAAUAAUCAAGCCCUUCGGGACCUGGGUACUUAUCCACCAAUUCCCGAGCAGCCCUACGAUCCAAUUCUUCUCGUUGAGGAACCUGCAACAGUCACUAAUUCCGGGGAACACGAGUUAUUGGAGGUCAUCCUUUUACAGAUCAGUAUAUUAGUGACCACAACAGACGCAAACAACUGGAAAGCCAAUUUUAAGCAAAUCCAGUAUAUCAUUAAGUACGAGAAUAAGUACCUUACCACAUUAAGUUUCUUAUACAAGAAAGUACUCCAGUUCACGUUCAGCAAACCACUCGGCCCCGAGAAAGAACCGCUUGAACAUCUUUUAGAAAGCAUCCUAAAAAGUUUUGCAUCUGAUAAUCGAUACUCCAGGUUAUUUUUCCACGAACUCGAAUCCUUCAGAGAAUCAUCUUAUUUCGAGGUCUUUGAGUUCAUUGCUAGGUUUCAAAACGACCCUAUCAUUGAGUUUAUUUUAUUGAUUGAGUUUGCUACCGAAAAGAAAAAGGAUCAGGUGAAACACUACAUCGCAAAUAACUUUGCCACAGUCUCGGAAUUAGCAAAGGAAAGAAGCUCAGAAACUGACAAGUCUUGGGUGAAUCUACUUCUUAAUUACGUAUUACCCUCGAAGCAUUUUCCUUUUCUUGAUAAAGUUCUCUCACUUGGAUAUUGGAACGCGUACAGUGAAAAUAUUCCUGCUGUCACAUCUUUUUUAGAAAGAGUUACAAUGAUGAGUUUCAAAGAUCUCCUUAUUGAAAUAGGACCAGAAAACCUUAUACCAAAAAAGAUUUUGCCAUCCCUUCUCAACUUAAGACCAGGUGAAAUUGACGAAGGCAUUGCAUUACUAAUUGCAGAGGUGUUGAUACCAGGAUCUCAAGGAAUAGCAUCUACUAAUGGGGGUGUCACCGCUCUCACAUUUGUGAAUAACUUACCCGAGGCAAAUGCCAAAGGCGCUCAACUUCAAGCCUGUUUAAAGAACAUUGACUCCUCAAAGAAUCUUAACUGGUUCAAUAUUUUCUCCCGUGUGCGGAGCUAUCUUUAUGAAUCGUCUGUUCGCAACAGUCAACCAUCUUUGGCCAGUGUUACUCAGCUUCUCUCUGCUCUUGACUUCAAAAAGGGUCUCGCUGACAUUUUUUUGACACUUGACUGGUGGUUUGAUAAAACCCUUCUUUUCAUUUUGCAAUCCAUGCCUACUCAGCGCGGUGCUUUUGACAUCAUUAGCUCACCAAACCUUACGCUAUGUUACGAAGAUGAAUCAGAGGAUCAAGAUCUAUUGAAAUUUGUGAAUAUUGCAAAGCUAGAGGUUCAAGUCAUGGCAAAAAUCAAUGCACAAUCAGCACAGCAGAAUCAGGCUCAGUCGGAAGGAGAUAAGAAAUUUGACUACUGGCUUGCUCAAAUGUUUGAGGUUCAUUGCACAUCCCAACCCCAUCAUAUCAUUGCUGGUGCGUUAGCAAUACCCGACAAGUCACCUUACAUCCUUGAUCGCAUCGAUAGAUUGUUUGCAAUCAUCAUGGACAAAUCGCUCGUUGAUGUCAAUCUCAAGCACCUCUUAGAUGUGCUCGUCAAGUUCAAGGAGCUUGACGUCAAUCUCGCAAUAAGUAAACUCAUCGAGUAUUAUACAAGCCACAUGAAGCCGGAUUCACUCACAAAGGUUGUUUUGGCAUCAAGCUCAUCGGGCCUUCUUGACGACUUGCUUAAAAAUGCGAAGUCCAUAGACUACAGUCUAUACUUACAGUUGGCUAUUGAAGCAACCAACUUUGGGUUUGAUAUUGAGCCAGUGGUUGAGGCUGACUCAAAGGACGCGAAAUUGAGAGGUGUAUUUUACUCAGUCUUACUCCAACUUUUGGAGGCCAGAACCGCUCAAGAUUUUGAAAGGGGCCAGCAAGACCAGCAUCAACAGGUCCCUUCUGAACAACGUCCUGAACAAGGUAAGGCAUUAGGCGUUUCUGUGGUUUAUCGCCUUCUUGAGGUGUUGAAAUCACUGCAAGGAUUUGUUGAUGCUGAUAACCUCAAAAACCUUCAGUUGUCGUUACUCACAACAUAUCCGAGACUCAUAAACUUCGGAACCGGCCACGACCAAGCGAUUCUUGCCAACGAGGCAAAUUACUCAAAUGUGUUCCCGGCGCAAGUGGAGCAAGAGAUGAAGGCAUACUAUUCAAAAAUGUACAACAAAGAAAUGGAGAUCAAAGACAUUGUUGAGAUGUUAUCACGAAUGAAGAAUAGCGACAACCCUCACGACCAGGAUGUUUUUGCAUGUAUGAUACAUUCCCUCAUUGAUGAGUAUAGAUUCUUCUCAGAAUAUCCACUCACUGCCUUAGCGUCCACGUCACUCCUUUUUGGAGCUCUUUUACAAAAGGACUUGAUUCAAGGUACCACUUUGACCGUUGCCCUUAACUUCAUAUGGGAGUCUUGCAACCAGCCUCAAGACUCUCACUUGUUCAAGUUCGCAGUGCAGUCGUUGUACAACUUCAAAUCCCGACUUCAUGAGUACCCCAUGUAUUGCAAACAUUUACUUCAGUGUCAAUCAUUAUCCGCACAUGCGAAAAUGUAUCAGAUUGUCAAAGACGCUUCCGUUGGCAUACCAUGCCCGGAGUCAAGUGGUUCUCAACAAUCAAGAGGCGAAACAACAACUCCUGUAAGAGAAGAGCCCCUCUUGGUAUACAACUCAGUUGCUCAAGUUAGUAAAAAUGUCACCUUUGCGGUUCAGGAAGAGCCUGAAGAAAGUGUAUCAGACAAGCUUUUGUUUUCUGUGAACAAUAUGACUGCUGAUAACAUCAAUUCCAAAAUUCCAGACAUCAAAAAUUUGUUAUCUGAAAAGUAUUUUUCCUGGUUCUCGAAAUAUUUGGUUAGUGAGAGGGCAAAAAUGGAACCAAACAAUCAUGCUCUAUACGCAUCAUUGGUUUUUGCCUUGGAUAAUGUUUUAUUUUAUGAGGUGACGCUCAACACAACCUUGUUGGAGGUGCAGCGUCUAUUAGGGAAAUCAAAAGAUACUACAACAGAGCGCUCACAUCUCAAGAAUCUUGGUUCGUGGCUAGGAAGAAUAACACUUGCAUAUGAUAAGCCGUUAAGAAGAGACCAGAUCGCCCUUAAGUAUCUUCUCCUUGAAGCUUUCGACUUCAACACACUUCACAUCAUUAUUCCUUUCGUCUGUAAAGUUUUGGAUCAAGCCAGUCACUCGAAGAUCUUCAGACCACCUAAUCCCUGGGUUCUAGGUGUGACAAGUGUUUUGGUCGAAUUAUACGAAUGCGCCGAUCUUAAAUUGAACUUAAAGUUUGAGAUUGAAGUUUUAUUAAACUCCUUAGGCUUGAAUAUCAAAUCAGUGGAGCAGUCGACACUUGUGAGGCUGCAUAACCCCAGACCUGAAGCACUUGCAGCUUUGUUUGGUUUACGUCCAGAACCAAACGGAUUACCUGGUGAUACGGCACGAGCUUCUGUGGAAAUACCCGAGCAAGAUUUGCAGGCUCAACAGCUUCAGCAGCACAACGCAAUGAUUCAACAGCAACAACAGCCUGCCUACCCUCCUCAUGUUCCACAGCAGAGAACUUUUGAAGAGGAAGUGACUCAAGCUCCAGGCCCUACUCAAUUAGAUGCGUCUUUCAGCAACCUCUCGAGCAACACCGUCUUCACACAAAAUCCUAAUCUUAGACGUGCUUUACAAGCAUCUUUGGCUCGCGCAGUACGUGAAUGUGCCGUGCCCAUAUUGAGCAGGGUGUCUGAGGCAGUCUUAACGACAACUGAAGCUUUAGUGAAGAAGGAUUUUGCAACUGAAGGUGAUGUUACCAAGUUCAAGAAAGCAUAUCUCACUCUUGCUCAGCAGCUCACUCAUAGUAUGGUUGUUUGCACAGGAAGAAAGAUUUUGAUUGAGACAAUUGAGGCCACUAUGUUCCAAUUGCUAAGCAACCAGGUGAAUCCAAACGAGCUACCAUUGAAUGAAUUGAGCAUUGCGAUCCAAAGCAACGUGGAUUUGUGUGUUGAAAUAGUCGAAAAGCUUGCGAUUAGCAAUAUUGGUGAGCUUAUCGAGGAGCGCAUGCGUCCUGAGGUACAAUCUCGUGAAGCCAUACCUCCAGGGGAACCAUUCUGCAGUGCAAGCGCCACAGAGUAUGCUCUUCAACUACCAGCCCCAUUGGGAUUACAAAGAGAUGGUUUACGAGAUGCUCAAUUGAACAUAUACUAUUUCUUUGGAUCGAAUACCGGUCGUGGCGAGCAGCUUGGUUCUCAACGACAAACGCCACCAUUGGCUAAUAGCCAAAUUGAUGCUCAACAGCCUUCUUCACAUACCCUAGCAUCCCAAAGCAUGCCUUUUAAUACGACUGCUCCAAUGUCACAACUUCCUCAGGAGGGUACAGCUGGAAGAGGCAGCGUUCCACCGCACGUUGGUUCUCAAAAUGACGAAAUUGCAAACGUCGAUCAGUUGUGUACCAUCAUAACUCAAAUGUUUGAAAAAGCCAUCCAAAUGCUUGGCAGUGUGAAAGAAAGUAAGUUGAGUGAGUUGCCCGCUGAUCAUCCAAUUUUGCAGACACUCUCUCAAGCGUUGAGCGCUUGCCAAAGUAAUGCAUUGAAGCAUCCCGAUUUAUUGCUUAAGGUUGCGCAAUAUGCUGUCAACUGCUUAUUCACUCAACCUCACGAGAAUCCUAUAAGCAGUGAAAUUUAUGUUGUGAUCUUGGAUCGUUUGUGCGAGUAUUCUCCAUCGACCGCGAAAGAUGUGACUUGGUGGAUGGUUCACUCUGUUGAUCAAAGAAAGUUUAACAUGCCUGUCAUAUUCUCGUUGAUGAAGGUGCAGUUGGUUUCGCCUAGCAAGCUUGAUGGCUCGAUUGGAAAGCUUAUCCAUGAUUCUCAGAGCCCAGUGCUUGUGAAGUUUGCUGCUACCUUGUUAUUGAAGGUCUUGAGUGCCGAUGAGCCUCGUACGAUCGCCUUGAGAUCAGACUUCGCAGUGACUUUAGCGGCACUUUCCAACUUCAAGGGUGAAGACACAUCCCAAGAAGUCAUGGAUGCUACCGCGGCUAGAGACGAGCUUUUUGAGUUCCUCAGACGGUCAAAUGGUCCGAGGGUACUUUCUGUUGGAGACAAACCGCCUAGCAUGUAUGCUGAAAGCGGAUAUAUAUUUGCUGAGUGGACCAAACUACUCGGACAUGGUGAGGAUACAGCCUCAUUACAACAAAACUUCAUCGAUGGGCUUUAUUAUAAUGGCUUCUUGACAGAACCCUCCAAGGUGGAGGUCUUCUUUAAAGCUGCUACUGAGGUGUCUACUAGCGUGUUCUCAGCCGAGCAUGAAAUCAGAAGCCGCACACAGCGUGAGGUUUACCUUGCAGUUGAUUGUCUCGCAAUAUUGAUUGUAAAAGUUGUGCUCAGAUUCUCUAAAGCUGACGCUAAAGACGCUAUCGAGUGGCUUAAAACUGUUCUUGGUGUCGUUUCAUUAGUUUUGAUUGAUGAGCAUGAAUUCGCAAAGACAAACUGGAAUGAAAGGGCCUACUUUAGAAUUUUCUCAAGCAUGUUGUGCGCAUACGCAAAUGCUUCUGUUCAAGAUAGUCAUGCCACUGAACACCUUGAUGAAAAAUUCUUUCCAUUAAUGGGGGAGAUCUUUAAUAGCCUUCAACCUACUGUAUAUCCCGGCUUCACAUUUGCAUGGAUUCCUUUGAUAUCGCACCGCAUGUUCCUUCCACAGCUACUCGAGCUUCCCAAUAAGUCUGGUUAUGCUUCUGCAAUCCGUCUAUUGACUGCGUUACUCAAAUUUCAAAAUAUCUAUACGAAGGAUGAAGUUGCUCAUAAUGAUGUCAUCAAUGUCAUUUAUAGAGCGAUCGUUCGGAUCAUAGUCGCGUUAUGUCAUGAUUUCCCUGAGUUCAUGGUUGAGAGUCACUAUCAAAUUGUCAGUGCUAUUCCCUCAAACUAUAUUCAGCUUAGAAACAUCAUUUUGAGUGCCACACCUUCAAGUAUCACCCCAGAAGAUCCGCAUAGCAUCGAGCUUGACAUCAAUACGACGCCCGGACAUGAUGUGGUACCAUCUCUUUUCUAUAGUACGGCAGAUGAUCUUGUGAAGGUGGGAUUAAAGAAACCUUUGGACAAUUAUCUUAGAAUUCCAGCACCAGGUCUUAUGCGUACAAUUCAUGCCGGCACUAAAUUGAAUCAUCCAAAAGUCUCGACCGAUUAUGGGUUUGAUGUUUUGCACUACAAUGUUAAGCUCAUCAAUGCGUUGGUGAUUCACGUUGUAACAUCUGCUAUGGAAGAUAGCUCUCCUAAGAACGGGACAUUUUUCAAUUCACAAUCAUCACAAUCAUCUUUGAUAGUGGAUCUUCUUAAUGUCGGCUCUACAGAGUUCCGGUAUCAUCUUAUUUGUGCGGUUGUUAAUCAACUUAGAUUUCCAAACAGUCACACUGUUUGGUGCAUAUCACUUCUCACCCAUUUAUUCUACGGUGCUAAUUGGGCAUCCGGUGUUGUUCGGCAUGAAGUGCAAGAGAUUAUUCUACGUGUCAUACUCGAGAGAAUUGUUGUCAAAACAAGGCCGUGGGGUUUGACAGUGGCCACCAAAGAGAUUUUAUGCCAUGAUGAGCAGCAAAUAAACAAAUUGCCAUUCAUCAAAACAGCGCCACAAGAGGUUCGUGUCACUUUAGACACGUUGCUUCGUGCAUUUAAAGGCGUAGUUCGUUGA